AUGGCAAGACUCACUGGUGGUGCCAACUACGAUGCCGCUAAACGUCUGAGAAUUUUGCAUCUGCGCAUCGAGGAGAAACUCACUAUCCAGGCUGGUCGCAAUGGCGGUCUCGAAUUAAUGGAAUUGAUCGGCAUUCUCCAAGUCAAGGCCUCAACCCCUCAAGCUGCCGGUACUCGUAUAAAAGUUGACGCCACACGUGCUCUCACUGGCUCCGAGCGUCGACCACCAGCCGUAUUGCAAACGCAUCCAAACAUAGACAAAAAAAUUUUUCAGGUAUCUGAAAACAGUGGCUUAAGUCAUAGGCUUUUGAAGCUUAUCUUGAGGUUAGGUGCAAUGAUUCACCUGAUUUCCUUGUUCUAA